AUGACGACCCGGUACCGCGUUGAAUGUAUGACGCACACCGGCUCCGCGUCGCAUCGUCGCGACCAGUUGAUAGAAUGGGUCAAGGGCCUUCUGGCGGUUCCAUUCGUCCUGCAUUCGCAGCCUACUGCUGUCUACCAGGAGCACGGCGAGAACCUCGUCGCCAUUGCGGCCGAUACCCAUCAACGCUAUGCGGAGAUCUUCCGGGAUGUUGAGAACCUCAUGCGCGAUCAUAUCCACCAUCAAGCAACGGGAGCGCCCGGUAAAUCGAAGCUCAAUCUCCUAGUGCCAACCGUUGGCUCCUUCUUCACACCCCUCCCCCUCGAAGACGCCUUCAAGUACCAGGACAGUCAACGCUUCAUCAGCCGGCGUCGCUUUGUUGCCCCGUCCUUCAAUGACAUCCGCCUCAUCCUCAACUCGGCGCAGCUCCUGGGCCUCUUUCGCACCUCCGGCCUCGAUCUGGUGACCUUCGACGGAGAUGUCACCCUUUACGAUGACGGCGCUUGCCUCACCGACGACAACCCCGUCAUACCCCGCCUCAUCCGUCUCCUCCAGCAAGGCCGCAAAAUCGGCAUCGUCACGGCCGCUGGCUACACCGAAGCACCCAAAUAUUACGAACGUCUGAAGGGUCUGCUCGACGCCGUCCACAACUCAGACGUCCUCACCCCGGCCAACCGCGACGGUCUUGUAGUCAUGGGCGGUGAAAGCAACUUCCUCUUCCGCUACGACCACACCUCCCCCGAUAAGCUUGCCUACGUUCCCCGUGAACAAUGGUUGCUUGAGGAGAUGCACUCAUGGCAGGACUCGGAUAUCACGCAGCUUCUGGACAUCGCUGAAUCCUCGCUGCGCGCUUGCGCCAAGAAUCUGAACCUCCCCGUCGCCGUGCUGAGAAAAGAUCGUGCCGUGGGCGUGUAUCCCCUCGAUCGGACGAAGGUUACCCGAGAACAAUGGGAGGAGACGGUCCUGGUUGUCCAAAACACUGUCGAGCGAUCGGUCGUCGGCACUAGACUGCCCUUCUGCGCGUUCAACGGUGGAAACGACGUCUUUGUAGACAUCGGCGAUAAAUCCUGGGGUGUACGCGCCUGUCAGCAGUAUUUCGGCGGUAUUGACCGGUCACGUACUCUCCACAUUGGCGACCAGUUCUUAUCGGCGGGCGCCAAUGAUUUUAAGGCACGAUUGGCUUCGACAACAGCCUGGAUCGCUAGUCCGGCUGAAACAGUCCAGCUUUUGGAUGAGUUGGCGAUCCUUGAGAAAUAA